AUGGUAAGGCUCAUUGACGAUGCCGACUACUAUGCCGGCGAAACGUCUGGGAAUGUUGUUGUCGACUUUUUUGGCGAGACUCGUCGUGUUCCCCUUAUUCCUAACGGGGGAGAGAUUCCAGUAACACAAGAGAAUAAGUUGCGCUACGUUGACGCUUACGUAGAUCAUGUUUUGAACACAUCAUGCAAAUCUUCUUAUGAAGCUUUCCACCAGGGCUUCCACCACGUUUGUCAGAGCUACUCAUUAAAGAUGUUCCAGCCUAUUGAGCUCCAGGUAUUUUUAAUAAUACGAUCAUUUCUGAAGAUUUAG